AUGGAGAAGCCAUCAUGUGUCUCGGUCUUUCAACACCUAGGGACGAACAAUCCACCCCCCGUUCCAAUCUUUCAGCGCUUGGAAACUCAAAAGCAACCCCGUGUCUUAGUUGUCCAGCAUUUGGGCAACACUUCUUCAUCACAAUCCAACAAGACACAAGCAAGCAAGAAAUGGAAGGUUAAACGACACACAAGGGUGAUCUUCAAAAAGACAGAGGGUUCUAAGCCAGAUGAAAGUAUGGAAGAAUCAGUGUUAGUGAACUAUGUUUCGUUUGAAGAGGAACCAGAUCAAGAUCAAGCUCUAGAAUUCAUUGACGCCACCCAACUUGCUCCCCCACAAAUGGAAGAUGGAGGACAAGCGACCAUUGAUGACCUCCAAGAGAUCAACCUUGGGACAGCUGAAGACCCAAAGCCUAUAUUUGUAAAACAAGCUCCUCGACGCUUUCGCCCAGAGCUCGCUGUUCAAGUUAAAGCAGAAGUUGAUAAGCUCAUUGACGCUAGUUUCAUCCAAGAGGUUAAAUAUCCCACAUGGCUGGCGAGUAUCGUCCCAUUGAAUAAGAAGAAUGGACAGAUAUGCAUUUGCAUUGACUAUAGAGAUCUCAACGACACAUGUCCAAAAGAUGAGUUCCCGCUCCCAAUUACAGAAUUACUAGUUGAUGCUACAACGGGAUAUGGUGCCUUGUCCUUCAUGGAUGGUUUCGCUGGCUGUAAUAAGAUCAAGAUGGCACCUGAAGACGAAGAGCUCACAGCAUUUCGUACACCAAAAGGGGUAUACUGCUACACUAUAAUGCCUUUCGGUUUAAAGAAUGCAGGGGCAACCUACCAAAGGGCUAUGACAGUCAUCUUCAGCAAUAUGCUACAUAACACGGUUGAGUGUUACGUCGACAAUUUAGUGGUCAAGUCAAGGAAAAGGGGGCACCACCUAGUUGACUUGAGAAGGGUGUUUGAAAGGUACCGAGGAAUAGAGAUUGACCCCACAAAAAUCAAGGCAAUCAGAGAAAUGCUUCCUCCCAGAAAUUUGCAAGAGCUGAGAGGGUUACAGGAUAGACUGGCUUACAUAAGGAGGUUCAUUUCAAACCUUUCUGGCAGAUACCAACCCUUCACAAGAUUGAUGAAGAAGGACGUCCCAUUUGUAUGGGAUCAAACUUGCCAAAAUGCCUUUGACAGCAUUAAGGAGUACCUCCUCAAGCCUCCAGUAUUAAUGGCACUUGUCAAAGGAAAACCUCUCAUCCUCUAUAUUGUGGCACUCGAGCGAUCUCUGGGGCCAUUGCUUGCACAAAACAAUGACGAGGGGAAAGAAAAUGCUCUGUAUUAUCUGAGCAGGACACUUGUGGGGGCAGAACACAACUACAUCCCCAUUGAAAAGUUCAAUAUCAAAUACGUGUCCCAAAAAGCCAUCAAAGGGCAAGCACUUGCUGAUUUCUUAGCAGCACACCCUGUGCCUGAUUGUAUGGAACUGCUAGAAGACUUUCCAGAUGAAGAGGUUUUCUCGACGGAGGCAUCUACAUGGCAGCUUUAUUUUGAUAGGGCGGCUAGGAAAAGAGGAGUAGGAGCAGGCAUUGUACUUAUUACACCCUAUGGGGGUUUAAUCCCAUACUCAUUCUCUCUCAUGGCUAUAUGUUCAAAUAAUGUUGUAGAAUAUGAAGCCUUGAUCAUUAGCCUUGAGAUAGCACUGGAAAUGAAGAUUGGCUCUGUGCAAGUCUAUGGAGAUUCUCAGCUGCUUGUCAAGCAAGUAAAUGACCAGUACACAGUCAAAAAUGAGAACCUCAUUCCGUACCAUGGAAGGGUCAAAUACCUUAUGGCACAGUUCCACGAAGUAUACGUUAGCCACAUUCCCAGAUCAGAGAAUGACAAAGCUGAAGCACUAGCCAAUUUGGCGGCAUCCUUAACACUCCCAGAUGAAAGAGAUAUCCAGAUUACUGUUGGAGAAGGUCGCCUAUUGCCUCCAAUAUUUGAACAAGUGGAAGAAUCUCAAGAAAUACAUGCAGUCUCAGUGUUCGAUGUCGAGGAAGAGCCAGAUUGGAGAAAAGACAUGAUCAAAUAA